AUGGUCUCCGUCUUCAUCACAUGCCCGGGGAUUCCUUUUUACCUUCGUUUAUGUUGCUUUAUAAGCCUUUGGGAAGCUCAUAAAGCAAAGGAGGUGGUUCUUUUGGACUCCAAGGCAACACAGACCGAUCUGGAGUGGAUCUCCUAUCCUCCCAAUGGGUGGGAAGAGAUCAGCGGCUUGGAUGAGAGCUACACACCCAUUCGUACAUACCAGGUUUGCAAAGUCAUGGAGCCCAAUCAGAAUAACUGGCUUCGGACUAACUGGAUUGCAAAGGCCAACGCCCAUAGAAUUUUUGUAGAAGUGAAGUUUACUUUGAGGGAUUGCAACAGUUUACCUGGUAAGGUGGGCACUUGCAAAGAGACGUUCAACUUGUAUUACCAGGAAACAGAUUCAGAGAUAGGUAGAAGUGUGCAAGAGAAUCAAUAUGUUAAAAUUGACACGAUUGCAGCAGAUGAAAGCUUUACUCAGGGCGAUUUAGGUGAAAGGAAGAUGAAGCUCAACACUGAAGUGCGAAUAAUUGGCCCCCUGGACAAACAGGGCUUUUACCUGGCCUUUCAAGAUGUCGGGGCAUGUAUUGCUCUGGUCUCUGUCAAAGUUUAUUACAAGAAGUGCCGGUCCGUCAUCGAGAACCUGGCCAUCUUCCCGGACACCGUGACGGGAUCGGAGUUCUCAUCCCUGGUUGAGGUGGAGGGAAUAUGUGUAAAUGACGCAGAGGAGGAAAUCAACAAUCCUCCCAAGAUGCACUGCAGCGCUGAAGGGGAAUGGCUGGUACCCAUCGGGAAAUGCUUGUGCAAAGCAGGAUUUCAUCAGAAAGGAGACGCAUGUGAACCAUGUGGUCACGGUUACUACAAGAUUUCCUCCCAGGACCUGCAGUGCUCUCGCUGCCCAACACACAGUUUUAUUGACCGUGAGGGCUCCUGGCUCUGUGACUGUGACGAUGGCUACUACCGAGCUUUGUCUGACCCACCCUCUGAGGCCUGCACAAGACCUCCUUCUGCACCUCAGAAUCUCAUCUACAACAUCAACCAGACAACCCUCAGCCUUGAGUGGAGUCCGCCUGCUGACGACGGUGGCCGCAGCGAUGUCACUUACAGGGUUCGGUGCCGGCUCUGUAGCUGGGAACCUGAAGAGUGUAAAUCCUGUGGACCAAAUGUCAGAUACUUACCUUCACAGUCACAACUACUGGAAACAUAUGUGAAUAUUGUUGACCUCCUGGCUCACGUGAACUACACUUUUGAGGUGGAGGCAGUCAAUGGCGUAUCUGAUCUUAGUCGUACGCAAAGGCUGUUUGCUACAGUUAACAUCGCCACUGGACAGGCUGCUCCACCAGAGGUCAGUGAGGUCAUCAAGGAAAAAGUGCAGGAACGCAGCAUCCAGCUUUCAUGGCAGGAGCCAAAACAACCCAAUGGGGUCAUCACAGAAUAUGAAAUCAAAUACUAUAAAAAAGAUCAGAAGGACCAAACCUAUUCUACAGUAAAGGCCAAAUCUACAACUGCAACUGUGAACAAUUUGAAGCCAAGUACAGCCUAUGUUUUCCAGAUAAGAGCCUUCACACAGGCAGGAUAUGGAAUUUUUGGCCCCAGAAUAGAGAUAACGACAAAGGAAGACUCAACUGCUACAAUUGUCUCCAGCGAGCAGAACCCUGUCAUCAUCAUAGCAGUGGUAGCAGUGGCAGGAACCAUAAUCCUGGUGUUCAUGGUGUUUGGCUUUAUCAUCGGGAGAAGGUACGCUCUCUUGGGCCCCAUUCAUUUGCUACUUUUGCACUGCGGGUACAGUAAAGCGGAACAAGAAGGAGACGAGGACCUUUACUUUCAGUUUAAAUUUCCAGGAACCAAAACAUAUAUUCACCCUAAAAACAAUCAGGACCCGAACAGAGCUGUUCAUCAAUUUGCCAAGGAGCUGGAUGCAUCAUACAUUCAGAUUGAACAAGUUAUUGGAGCAGGACAGUUCGGAGAGGUGUGCUGUGGGAGGCUAAAAGUACCUGGAAAGGGGGAUGCUUCAGUCGCUAUCAAAACAUUAAAAGUCGAUCACACGGAGAAGCAGCAGUGGGACUUUCUGUGUGAGGCCAGCAUCAUGGGACAGUUCAACCAUCCAAAUGUUGUGCAUCUAGAGGGAAUAGUGACAAGAGGAAAACCAGUAAUGAUUGUUACAGAGUUGAUGGAGAAUGGCUCAUUAGAUGCUUUUCUAAGAAUACGUGUCGGUCAGUUCACAGUUAUUCAAUUGGUUGGAAUGCUGCGGGGCAUAGCAGCAGGAAUGAGAUACCUUGCUGAUCUAAGAUAUGUUCAUCGAGAUCUGGCUGCUCACAACAUCCUAGUCAACAGCAAUCUUGUAUGUAAAGUGUCUGCCUUUGGCCAGUCCAGGAUAAUAAAUGACGAUCCUGUCUAUUCAACAACCGCUGGAAAAAUAUCAAUACGAUGGACUGCUCCAGAAGCCAUCCAGUUCCGUAAAUUCACAUCUGCAAGUGAUGUUUGGAGUUAUGGCAUUGUCAUGUGGGAGGUCAUGUCCUUUGGAGAAAGGCCAUACUGGGACAUGUCUAAUCAAGAUGUCAUGAAAGCUCUAGAGGAGAGCUUCCGUCUUCCAGCUCCUAUGGACUGUGCUCCAGGUCUGCAUCAGCUUAUGUUGGAUUGUUGGAAAAAAGACAGAGGAGAACGGCCCAAAUUUGAUCAGAUCGUCAGCAAUCUUGACAAGAUGAUUCGGAACCCCGAUACACUAAAAACCACAGCCGGAACCUGUGCAAGACCCAUUAAACAACUUUUAUAUCAGAGUAUACCCAACAUCAGAGCUUUCCACACAGUUGAUGAGUGGCUGAUAGCCAUCAAGAUGGAGCGAUAUAGAGACAAACUCGCUGCAGCAGGAUACAGUUCCCUGGAAUCCGUUGCCAGAAUGUCGACCGAGGAUGUCAUGAGGUUGGGUAUUACACUGGAGGACCAUCAGAAAAUGAUCAUGAGCAGCAUUCAGACAAUGAGAUCCCACAUGUUGAAUCUUCACAAAACAGGAGUUCAGGUCUGA